AGUGGACGUGGACGAGUGCUCAGAGGGCACGGAUGACUGCCACAUCGACGCCAUCUGCCAGAACACGCCCAAGUCCUACAAGUGCCUGUGCAAGCCAGGUUACAAGGGGGAAGGCAGGCAGUGUGAAGACAUUGACGAGUGUGAGAAUGACUACUUCAACGGGGGCUGUGUCCAUGAGUGCAUCAACAUCCCAGGGAACUACAGGUGCACCUGCUUUGAUGGCUUCAUGUUGGCACACGACGGACACAACUGCCUGGAUGUGGACGAGUGUCAGGACAACAACGGGGGCUGCCAGCAGAUCUGCGUCAAUGCCAUGGGCAGCUACGAGUGUCAGUGCCACAGCGGCUUUUUCCUCAGUGACAACCAGCACACCUGCAUCCACCGCUCCAAUGAGGGCAUGAACUGCAUGAACAAAGACCAUGGCUGUGCCCACAUCUGCCGGGAGACGCCCAAAGGUGGGGUGGCCUGCGACUGCAGGCCCGGCUUUGACCUUGCCCAAAACCAGAAGGACUGCACACUAACCUGUAACCAUGGGAACGGAGGCUGUCAGCACAGCUGCGAGGACACAGACACGGGCCCCACGUGCGGCUGCCACCAGAAGUACGCCCUCCACGCAGACGGUCAUACGUGCGUCGAGACGUGUGCUGUCAAUAACGGAGGCUGCGACCGGACAUGCAAGGACACAGCCACUGGCGUGCGCUGCAGCUGCCCGGUAGGAUUCACGCUGCAGCCAGACGGGAAGACGUGCAAAGACGUGGACGAGUGCAGCAUGAACAGCGGGAGCUGCGACCAGGGCUGCGUCAACACCAAGGGCAGCUACGAGUGCGUCUGCCCCCCAGGGAGGCGGCUGCACUGGAACCGCAAGGACUGUGUGGAGACGGGCAAGUGCCUUUCACGGGCUAAAGCCUCGCCCCGGGCCCAGCUGUCCUGCAGCAAGGCGGGUGGCGUGGAGAACUGCCUCUUCUCCUGCCCGGCCCACACACUCUUCAUGCCAGACUCGGAGAACAGCUACAUCCUGAGCUGCGGUGUUCCAGGGCUCCAGGGCAAGACGCCGCAGAAGCGCAAUGGCACCACCUCCAGCUCCGAGCCCAGCUGCUCAGAUGCCCCAGCAGCGCCCCCCAUCAAGCAGAAGGCCCGCUUCAAGAUCAGAGAUGCCAAGUGCCACCUCUGGCCACGCAGCCACGAGCGAGCAAAGGAGGUGCCACGGCAGCCACUGCUGGACAACUGCGACGUGACUUUCAUGACCCUCAAGUGUGACUCCUCCAAGAAGAGACGUCGUGGCCGCAAGUCCCUGUCCAAGGAGGUGUCCCACAUCACAGCAGAGUUCGAGGUGGAAGUGAAGAUGGAGGAGGCCUCAGACAGCUGUAAGGUGGACUGCAUGCGGAAGCGAGCAGAGCAGAGCUUGCAGGCUGCCAUCAAGACCCUGCGGAAAUCCAUCAACCGGCAGCAGUUCUACGUCCAGGUCUCGGGCACUGAGUACGAGGUGGCCCAGCGGCCGGCCAAGACCAUGGAGGGGCAGGGGACAUGCAGCACAGGCCAGGUGCCACAGGAUGGCAAGUGUGUGAGCUGUGGCCCUGGCACCUACUUCAGCGGUGAGCACAGCAAGUGUGUGCCCUGCACGCCGGGGACCUACCAGGACAUGGACGGCCAGCUCAGCUGCACGCCGUGCCCCAGCAGUGACGGGCUCAGCCUGGCAGGUGCCCACAACGUGUCCGAGUGUGGAGGCCAGUGCUCUGCCGGCUUCUUCUCCACCGACGGCUUCAAGCCCUGCCAGGCCUGCCCCCUGGGCACAUACCAGCCCGAGCCGGGGCGCACCGGCUGCUUCCCCUGCGGAGGGGGGCUGCUCACCAAGCUCGAGGGUGCCACCUCCUUCCAGGACUGUGAGACCAGAGUGCACUGCUCACCUGGCCACCAGUACAACACCAGCAGCCACCGCUGCAUCCGCUGCCCUGUCGGCACCUACCAGCCCGAGUUUGGCCAGAACCACUGCAUCGCCUGUCCCGGCAACACCAGCACCGACUUCGACGGCUCCACCAACGUCACACACUGCAAAAACCAGCACUGCGGGGGCGAGCUUGGCGACUACACGGGCUACAUCGAGUCCCCCAACUACCCUGGUGACUACCCGGCCAAUGCUGAGUGUGUGUGGCACAUCGCACCGCCCCCCAAGCGCAGGAUCCUCAUCGUGGUCCCCGAGAUCUUCCUGCCCAUCGAGGAUGAGUGCGGCGACGUGCUGGUCAUGAGGAAGAGCGCCUCCCCGACGUCUAUCACCACCUACGAGACCUGCCAGACAUACGAGAGGCCCAUCGCCUUCACCUCCCGCUCCCGAAAGCUCUGGAUCCAGUUCAAAUCCAACGAAGGCAACAGUGGCAAAGGGUUCCAAGUGCCCUACGUCACCUACGACGAGGAUUACCAGCAACUGAUAGAAGACAUUGUUCGUGACGGACGGUUAUACGCCUCAGAGAAUCACCAGGAAAUUUUGAAGGACAAGAAGCUGAUCAAGGCCCUCUUUGAUGUGCUGGCGCACCCCCAGAACUACUUCAAGUACACGGCCCAGGAGUCCAAGGAGAUGUUCCCUCGGUCCUUCAUCAAACUGCUCCGUUCCAAAGUGUCCCGGUUCCUGCGGCCCUACAAAUAA